CAGAAUGUUGCGAGCGGUGUGCGCUUACCCUGGCCUUUUUCCAGGAACUUUAAGGUUCUCUCAGAAUGAAAUUUUCUUAGAUAUUCGUGAAGAAAUUCAGAAUUGGCGUUUGGUUUGUAAGACAGAUGGAACUUUAGGUUGCGUUCCAUCAAAUUUUGUCGAAAAAUACGAGACUGGGGAUGAAGACAUCAAAGUUGAGUGUGCUAAAAAAGCAUUAGUCAACUUGGCUGAUAAAACGGUAGAAAAUGUUUGGGGGAAGGAGGAUUUGCUUGAACGUUUGUUGCAGAUAAUCGGA